AUGCGAUCUGACGCCGAGAGCCUGUUGCCGGUAUCAGCCUCCCCAAGUUCACACGCAAAUCUCGGAGCGGUCGCAAUUCCAGAAUCUGAGGCAGCAUCUCUGUUGUUUUCUCAUGACAAAACAAUGUUGAUUCACUCUGUCGAGCAGUGGUACUCUGGGACGAUAAAAAAUCAAAAAAUCCUAAGUGACUGGUUUGUUGUCAAGGUAGAACACAUGAAGAAUUUCCAUUACUCGAUUGUUUUCCACGAGUAUCUCAGGGUAACCUUGCAGCGGCGCAAAGAUGACGAUCAAGAAAAGUCUGGCCCACGGAACGGUCUGGGGCUCCAGAGACAGGAAUGCACAAUAUUUGUUGAGAGAGGGCCCGAAGAGGACGAAGUUAUCGUUGGGUGUGAGUUACACGAAGUUCCUAGGCUCUACGGAUGGUGGAUUGUGAGGUUCUUGCGCGGUAACUACAACGGCGCAAUGAACAACAACGUCAAACUCACACAAAAGUGGAAAGAGAUGUGCUAUUCGGCAUCCGAUUUCCUACGCUGUUUGGAGUUUGACCUAGGAGUAGUCAGUUUAUGCUACUUUGCAAAGGUCAUAUCCUUUUGGAGCAAGUCCCGGGCACAUUAUCACGUUGCCAAAGCAAACUGCUACUGGUUCGCGGACAUAGUGUAUACUCAGUUAAAGCACGACAGAAAAGGCACUUUGAAGGAGACUGAGGGUGGAUAUGUUAAACACAGGAGCAAGUUCUCAGGACUUCGAAUCUUAUUUAAUUCAGUGAGUUUAACUAUACCAUAA